GGAGUUGUAUGAACCCAUUUUCAUGGCAGUUGAUUAUUAUAUCCAAUUGUGGCAUUUAUUAUAAUUAUAUGAGUCUUGAUCACAUUUGUUGAUCUAGAAUGAAAGUCUCUGAAUAGGUGAAUAGAACAACUUGAAUUGGAGGUAGUGAAUAGAUUACACGAGAGAGAAUUGAUUCACUGUUCUGUACUGCAGUUAAAACCUAGUAGAAGAAGUCUUUUCGAAUUUCCUUGGUAGUUUAUUUCGGUGGAUGAUAGAUGUUGUCGGGUAUUCUAUUCAAGAGGGUCUAGUCUGCUUUAAUCGAUAUUCCAGACUAUCUAAGGAUUUUCCGCAGUAUAAAUAUCAACUGAAUUAAAUUUGGUGAAUUACAACUUGACCUAACUACAGACUAGGGGGACACUUACCUGAGUGGUCUUUCUAGAAUUGGAAAUUAGAAUAUUUACUUGCUUUCAUUUAUGCUUUGCAUGCAAACCACUUCUCUACACUUUGACCGCUAGUUAAUAGAUAAUUCACUGAGUAGUCCGUAUCUAGGACUCGAGUUGAUUAGUAAAAUUAAACCUACUAUACUACAUUCAUGAAUUACGAUCACAGUCAGUGGCGGAUGGAGGUAAGAAAGGUCCUUGGCAAACAAUUGGGCAACAAAACCCUUUAUUGAGAGGUUAACAAAACCCUUUAUUCAGAGGUUUUAUUCGGAAUUGGUUGAAAAGAGGUUCUUCCGCUUGCAAGGACUCUUCUGCGUAAGGCCCCCUGCCUUUGUUCGGGCCCUUCUAUCUUCGUUUUCUACUUUUUGUUCUCUGUUUGGUUUUCCUUCCCCUCUGCUUGUUCUUUUCUUUCCUUGGUUUGGAUGCUUUUGUACUUUGGCCCAUCUCACUCCUCGUGGGAUCCUUCUUUUGUUCUCUUUUCUGAGUUUUAAUAAAGUUCAUCAUCAUUAUAAAUAAAAAAACUCAUUUAAAUGUAUAGGUUUUAGUAUGAUAAUUUAAGUUUAGGACCCCAUAGUCUCAACGAUGUUAGCACAUCAAGAACCCCGGUUAACUCAAAACUACGUACACAAGCAUUAGUGUUAGUAAAUUUUUAAGAAUCUCGGUAAACUCGAUGUCUGGCUACACCACUGAUCACACACUUAGGAUGUUGGUAUUUGCGAAUUGCGAGUCAAUAUGCUUGAAAUCCAGCCCCGAAGGAUCAUACCCUGAAGUAUAGGUGAAAGGUAUAAUAUAAUUGACGUCGACCGGGUGCAUGCGACACCCCAAAAAGAUGGUCGAAUAUAUAUGGAACAAUAAUAACCCAAACAAAUAACCUCAAUAUAAUCUCUAGACGACUCUGUGCCAUCUUUUGGCUUUAUUUUUUUAUUCCAUCAAAAUCAAAUUACUUCCCUUUCGGCAACGCCAUUUGCUGGACGGAGAAGCUAAUGAUGAUCAGAUGCCGUAAUGUACAUAUUUAUAGCGGCAGAGGCCCCUAACCGAAAAAGAAAUAACAAAAGGAAAACAUGCAGUUCAUAAUCAGUAGUAAUAUGGAUCUGCGGAAGGCUGUAAUGGCCGUGGUGGUGGUAGUGGCUGGUUACCUAACUGUCGCCGUCGCGCAGCCUGCCCGGCGUUACUGCGCCAGUGUUGUUCCGGAAGAUCCGGUGGCGUACUCUUCCAAUGCGGAGAAGGUGAUGAACAUUUUGGUUACAAGAGCGCCUCCACACCCGGCACAUAUGUUCAAGUCCUGGUAUCCGUACAGAAAAGUAGGUUCUGUUGCCGGUGCCGCCAUUUGUUACCACAAUGACGUCGGCAAAUGCAGUGCUUGUCUGAAUAGUCUCAAAGCCUCGCUGGACGGCUGCAAGAUGUCCACCACCGGCGGGUCCUUUAGCGGUGGCUGCAAUAUGCAGUUCUGGAAGAUCGUUGAUUGAAUUGCGCUCUUGCGAACGACUGAUCCAUCAGCUCGAACAGUUCAUGUUAGAACGGAUAGGGAAAAAUCGGCAAUGUAAAAAGGUAAAGAACAGACGGAUUUACAUGGUUCACUAAAACAAUAUGUGUUGGCCAGUUCAUUGACAGGAGAGAGAGACAGAAAACCAUUUCAUUAUACUUGAGCAUAUACAAAUUACAGCAAAACUCGCAUAAUUACCAAUCGAUAGUAGAUAAUUCGAUUCAAGUCAUAUCAACUGGUAGCUGGAAUUAAUGUCUUGAUUGACAAUCUUACGUUACGCCCCAUUCCAUGGAUUGGGGUGACUUAAAGCCCAAGUUAAAUAUCCUCUAGUCAGUUUGAUCCAGGGCUUCAUAUUUGUUUUCUGAACUUUACUGUCAUGGAAAAAAUACGAUCCCAUAGGAGUUUGGAAUUAUCUAUGGACUGUCCAGUAGAACGUACGGACUCAGUAGAAUGUGACUUCGUGACCAGUACUCCUACGAGAGCGCUAAACAUCCCUUAGUAUUACUGGAAGUCCAAAUGGUCGACUGGAUGGUCAAGGGGAGUCCUCGUGGCAAAUGGAAGCUCAACAGAUUUCUCGUUUUAUCAAGCGGUUUUAUUCUAAUUAAUAAUAUUAUUUUAUCUUCUCUUUUAUUUUAUUUUUAAAAAAGAUUCUUCACCUCUUUCUUGAAACAUUUCGAACCUUUUUUCCAACCAAGAUAUUAUCCACUUUGGACAUAGAUCUUUAUGGUUUUUAAUUUACUUGGUAUGCAUAUCAAGUUGACUGCUAAUAAGGUCACCCAUUCUUGCAGUCUACAGCGAGCACGUUUAACUUUUGAAUUCUCACAAAAGAACUUCAUUUCACACCAAAGAACGCAUCUUGUCGUUUACGAUUAAUUUCUUACUUAUAAACCAUGGAUCUCUCACGUGCUUUAUCAGUGUGCGAUUCGCUCAAAGUGUUACAUACCCCCCCCCCCCCCUCUUGGGACUCAACGUCCUCGUUGAAGUUUGGCCCACCAUCAUUCAAGAGGGGCACAUAGAGGUUUUGAUUCCACUUGUAACAUCCCGAACCUUUUUUUUUAUCAAGAUAUUGUCCACUUUAGACAGAGACCCUCACGAUUUUUUACUUGGGAUGCAUAUCAAGGUAACUUAUCAUAAGGUCACUCAUCUUUGCAAUGCUCAGCAACAUUCUGUCAGAAUCCUGAGGUUCUCAAUUGUGAAACACAUGAUCACAUGAUCAUGUGCAAACUUCAACCCUUCUAAGUUGCUUUCAUUUGUGUUUUCUGGCAAGGAAAAUCUGGUGUUUGAACACAAUGAAUGCACCUUUGACUUCUUGAACAACGAUAAUUACAUGGUUCACUCCUCUCUGAACAAUGUUCGAACGAGGGUGUUUGAUGUUUUUGAUGGUUUUUUUUUUUGGGAACAAGCUAAGUUACGUUACUCUACUCCUAUGGACGUUCAAUGAGAGCUCCGAAAAACUAAAAGGUAAGUUGCAGAGAAAAGAUAAAUUUUGACAUUGUGC